GUCUGGUAGAGUUAACAAUACCUAGUUGGUUAAUGCACCAUGGAUUCUCUACUCUUUGACUUUCCAACACUCUUCUGCUUUUUCCUCUUCAUGCUUGCAGCACUUAAACUAUGGAAGAAGAAGAAUCUCAAUCAAAUUAACUCAACCUCAAACAUGGCCCCAGGUCCAUGGAAGCUACCUAUCAUAGGAAACAUACACCAUCUUUCUACAUCCACGCCUCAUCGAAAAUUAAGAGACUUGUCCAAAAUACAUGGACCUUUGAUGCAUCUACAGCUUGGAGAGAUCUUCACCAUUGUUGUUUCCUCAGCAGAGUAUGCCAAGGAGGUAAUGAAAACACAUGACAUCAUCUUUGCAUCAAGGCCUCAGAUUCUAGCUGCAAAGAUUAUAUCAUAUGAUUGCACAAGCAUAGCCUUAGCACCUUAUGGAAACUAUUGGAGACAGCUAAAGAAGAUUUGCACAUUGGAACUUUUCACUUCGAAGCGUGUCGAUUCAUUUCAGCUGAUAAGAGAAGAAGAGUUCACUAGUCUUAUCAAAAGAAUCAUUGCUGCAACAAAUAAUAAUAAUGGAUCUCCUGUGAACCUCACUCAAGAGGUGUUUUCAACUAUAUACACUGUCACUUCAAGGGCCGCGUUUGGCAUGAAAUUCAAAGAUCAAGAAAGAUUCAUAUCGCUGGCGAAAGAAUUGGCGAAGGUGGGGACUGGUUUUUCUUUAGGAGAUUUGUUUCCAUCAGCUAAAUGGCUUCAACUUCUCUCUGGCUUGAGGCCUAAGAUUGAGAAGUUGCAUGGACAAACGGAUCAGAUACUGCAAAACAUCAUCAAUGAACAUAAAGAGGCAAAGUCAUCAAAAUCCAAAGAAGGACAAGGUGAAGUUGAAGGUCUUCUAGAUGUUCUCUUAAGAUUUGAGGAUGGUAAUGGAUCAAACCAAGAUUUCUCCUUAACUAGUAACAAUAUCAAGGCUAUAAUAUUGAAUAUCUUUGGUGCUGGUGGUGGGACAACAGCAACUACAAUAGAUUGGGCAAUGGCAGAAAUGAUAAAGGACCCAACAAUAAUGAAGAAAGCACAAGUUGAGGUGAGAGAGAACUUCAAUAAGAAAGGAAGUGUUGAUGAAACUUGCCUCUAUAAACUCAAAUAUUUGAAAUCAGUGGUCAAAGAGACUCUCAGAUUACACCCUCCGGUUCCUCUUUUGCUCCCAAGAGAAUGCAGAUCAGAAUGCGAUAUAAAUGGCUAUCACAUACCUGAAAAGAGUAAGGUCAUUGUGAAUGCUUGGGCAAUAGGAAGAGAUCCAAACUACUGGAGUGAACCAGAAAGGUUUUAUCCAGAGAGAUUCCUUGAUAGCUCUAUUGACUACAGAGGGAACAAUUUUGAGUACAUUCCAUUUGGUGCAGGAAGAAGAAUGUGUCCCGGCAGCGCAUUAGGCGUGAUAAAUGUUGAACUUGCCUUGGCAUAUUUGUUGUAUCACUUUGAUUGGAAGCAUCCCAGUGAAAUGAGAAGUGAGGAACUGGACAUGACUGAGGCACUUGGAGUGACUGUCAGAAGAAAAGAUGACCUGCAACUGGUUCCCAUUGCUUCUUAUCCUUUGCUUGAAGCAUAAACCAUAUGCAAAGUAACAAGAGUUGAUAUUUGUUAUCUGCUUCUGAAAUAAAGCUACCUUCAUUAUUGCUACUUGCAGCAGAGUUUACUUUCUAGUGAAUAAAAUCUAGAGUGACAAUAGAUUCUAGCAUAGAUCACUUCUGAAUCAGUUUGUUGCAAA